AUGUCAGAAACAACACAGAUCCUCUUCAACUCCCCUGCGCUACACUCGCUCAAGCGCGAGCAACUGGUGAAACUUGCCAAGAUCCACUCCCUGAAGGCGAAUGGCAAGAACGUAGAGAUCAUCGAACGUCUCAAGGCACACGCCCUCACACUUCCGACGAGCGACCCCUUGAGCAUUGCCACUCGCAGCGAAGAUCCUCGCUAUGGCGACGUAGGCUCCGAUGAUGUUGACAUGGAGCCGCCCUCACCGUCGUCGACCUUCACCCAUUCCAACAUGCCCAGGCCCAGUGAACAGUGGGAGGUCGUCAUGGACGACAUUCAGGAGGCUGAGGAGAAAGACUCGCCGCCAGGCACAAUGAACUCGCAGCGAACGGUGACGGGGGCGGCGGGCGAAUUCGGUACAGCGACAAGCAAAUCUUCUAGUAUCGGCUCAUCAUUGAAGACUCUUGCUUCGUCUCUGGGGCUGAAACGCGCCAUGUCCGAUAAGAACACUGGAUCCCUCGGCGCCACAUCCUCCAAAUCACCUCUCCCUCCUGUUGACGACGAGGAGUUGACGAAACACUCCACACGCUAUUCUCGCCUACCCGAACCGCGCCCUUCGGAUGCGCCUUUGACGGACCACUUCAAGUUCUCUACGCCGGACGCCAGCUUCGGUGAUGAGCCGUUGCCUGGAGACGAAGCUCGCCCAGGGAAAUUGGCACCUGCCGACUCUCGCCUCAGUCUUGGUACGAGCGCCACCCCAGGACCUACCACAACUAUCCGUCUAGUCUCUGCGGCACCCUCUCGCACUACGAACUGGGCCGUAACGGACACGCCGCAGCUCAAACCCUUUGCAACUUCUUUUGACCUUGUCAUGGGUAGCCCGGAUAAGGACAACAGGGUGCCCGUGUGGCCUUUGACUCCUGGUGGCGCCAAGACUACGUCGCUUUAUCCUACUCUCCCUGCCGAAGACCUAGCGGACGCUCGCGCUCAUGCCGCCGUCGCUACUCCGGAUAGGUCCAUAGCCAGCAUCUCCCAUACGCCGGCGAGCCAGGUCCGCCCUCGCAACGAUGUUGACGACCUCUUCUCGCCUACGAAGUUAAAGCCACCGGCAGCUGAACCAGCUUUCGUCUUUGGGUCGCCGAUGCCACAGAAGAAUGAAGUGACGAACAAGGCAUUCGGUUCUGCCGCGGAAGCCGUGCUGUCCGAAAUGAACCGUCGCUUAUCGGAGGCGGGCGCAGCAGGCGCAAAGCUCGACCCCAAGUUCCUCGAGAACCGACCUCGCUUCGACUCGACGGCCACGACAAGCUCCGCUGCGUCUGCGGAUAAGUCGGCAGAUAGGUUUGCGAGGGCGCAUCAGGACCAGUUCGCUAAGAUGGACUCCAUUGCGAACCAUUAUGCCGCACGCCGCCCGGCGCCCGCGACUCGUCCGUCCGCAGGCAUCAAGCGCAAGUCAGAUGCUGCGGGUCUCGGCGCUGGCCCGAGUAGCAAGCGGCCUAGCGCGGGUACUCGUGUCGUCAGUGGCCGUCGCCGUGCGCCAAUACCUGGUGGCUUUGGUGACGAGGAUGACGAUGAUGAUGAAGGGGAUGUAGAGAAGGAGCAAGACCGUCGCGCGAGCAAACGCAUCCGUGUCGAGGAGAACGAUGGCGAGCUUCGUGCGGGCAAACGCCCUUCAAUCGCACCGUCUGCAAAGCAAGAGAAGGAGCGUGAAGCUACCCGCCGUGCUCUCGAAGCGAAGAAGGAACGUCGCCGAAGCAGUAUGCGGACACCGCGCGUCAGCGUCACCGCAGCCCAAGCGCAGAAGAAUAAAUCGCGUUUUGGUUUCCUGUCCUCCGCGAAGACGGUCGUACGCAGUCUUUGGGGCUCAUCGAAGCCGGCGGCCUCAAGCAUCCCGAAGACGGCACCCGCCCCUCCGAAGCCCGUACAUUCUCUUGGCAAGGUCAUCCCCGAAUCUGUGAGGGAGAAUGCGAAGGCGAAGGCUGUCGAGGAGAAGCCGCAACCACAAGCUCCAUCACAGAAGAAUGGCUCGCUCUCCUCAGCUCGCGGCUUGUUCAAGCCUGUCAGCAGGACGCGCGCGGCAGAACUAUCUCAGAAGGCGGCUCCACCUCCCACAUCAUCUAUUGCUAGUCGCAAGAGCGUCGCCCCCUCCGGUCACACUCGUACUGCUAGCAUAAGUAGCGUUGCCAGCACCGCCACUGCACGCCCUGCCGCAGGCUCCGGGCAUCAGCGCUCAAAUAGUGUCGCAACCGGUGCCACAGCGUCAAGUAGCCUCCGCUACAGCGGCCGCCCAUCCGCUAUGCCUUCAACGGGCGUGAAGACUGGCAUGGUGCGGCCUUCAUCCAUGUCAACUGCGGCUUCUUUGGGUGCUCGCUCCGAUGCUACGACCGUCUCGUCCAUGGGCUCGCGCAAGCCGAGUGGCUCUGGCAUUCCAUCUUCGACAUCCCGUCUCCUUGCACCAACGGCAUCGUCCCUUGCGAAGACCCGCGGCAGCACGGCCAACAAGCGCGAGUCAACUCUAUCCCAGAUCACCAACUCGCCUGGACCAUCUCCGCGCAAAGAUACCCCGGGCAAGAUCUUCAGCACUCCGUUAUCCGGCACUCUCAGCCCCAGCAUGAUACCAUCGCCCGUCAAGCCGACAUCCCUUGGUUUGGCAGCUGCGACUCUCGCUGCGACGACCGGCACCGAGCCGAAGCCCAAGGCGCCUAUGGCCCGCCGUCCGCGCGUCUCGCGUUCGAAGGUCAUCGCGAAGCUCGGUGCUCAACGCGCCGCAGCGGCUUCCGGGUUAGUAAGCGGGUCAGGCAGCACAUUGGCUCCUCCCAAGUCAACUCUCGCUCCGCGCGCCAGCGGCCCUGCGCCUCGUCUGCGUUCGAGCACUGGUGCCGCUGCACGUCGGUCGUUCGCUGGAGGGCCGAAGGCUCGUGGGAGUGAUGUUCUGCUCAGCGCUAAGAAGCACGCACGCCAGAGCGAGCAGGCUCGUCGCCGUACGAGGGCUGGUGGAAGUGCUAUUGGCGCUCGUGCUUCCAACGCCGUGAGCCCUGGCAAGCUCUUCGCUGCGGCAAAUACCAGCUCCGGUAGUGCUAUGGACAUCGACGACUGA